CCGAGGCGAAUAUAAGGGGCGUCCCCGCGGGGAGCCCCCAGCCGCCCGCCGCCAUGCACGCGUCUCUCCCGGCCUGGAUGCUGCUCCUGCUUCUCCCAACUUUGGGGUUCGCUCUGCGACUCGAGCAGCCACUGGAGGCCCGCGACAAGCUCUGCGGACACCACUUCGUGCGCGCGCUAGUGCGCGUGUGUGGGGGCCCACGCUGGUCCCCCGAGGCUGCGCAGCGGGCAGAUGGUCAGGACCGUGAGCUACUGCAGUGGCUGGAGGGACGCCAUCUCCUGCAUGCACUCGUGGCUGAUUCAGACCCCACAGCAGUACCUGACCUACAGCCUGGUCCCCAGGCACCUCAGCAUCACCGUCACCACCGUGCAACCAACCCUGCACACCACUGUUGUCUUGCUGGCUGCACCCAGCAGGACUUGCUGGGUCUCUGUCCGCAUUGAAGGAGCCAGGCAGGGUCUGGCCUGUCCUGGAGCUCAGAGACAGGCCCCCACUGCCAAUUACCCUGGGGACAGGAACUCACCCCCUUCCCCAGGCGAGAUGAAUGGCAACCCCAAUUUGACUUGAAGGA